CACACCUCUGGACCAGUUUCCAUCAUGACGCGUUUGUCCUUCGCCACCCCGUCCGUCUGCUCUUCACUCCUCCCCUCCCUCCCCCCCACCGUCAGGGACCUGGAUGUCCCGCCUCUGUUCCGGAGACGCUUCGUCCUUGGGGGGUACCGUCCGGUGGGCCAGCCAUGGCGGCUUUACCUUCAGAGCUUAUUCCAGAUGCACAACGACGCCUUGACUGUGUGGAGCCCCCUGUUGGCCGCUGUGGUGAUAGCACUGAGGUUCAUGAUGUUCACCGUGCUGCGAGGAGGGGGGGUCUUGGGUUUCCGCCUGCAAGGUCCUGAAGGUCAGGGUCUUUCAGUAGAUGUGUCUUCAUUACCUCUGGUCUUCUACAUGUUCUUCACCCUCACAUACCUGAGCUGCAGUGCAGCUGCUCACCUUUUGAAGCUCCACUCUGAGCGAGCUCACUACCUGCUCUUCCUCCUCAACAAUGUGGGCGGGGCCAUGUACCUGUACUGCUGCGCCUCUGCACUUUACCUCUACAGCACCGACUACACCUGGACACAAAGCAUGCUGGGAAAGAUCUUCCUCCCGGCUGCAGCGUUUCUCUGCUGGACCUCCUGCUGCGUCUCCUGUCAUGUUGAGGUCCGUUCCUGCUGGACGAGCAGAUUCCACAGGAGGCUCUACAGCCUGACCAUGAUCACUGCUACCGGCCCCGUCGCUCACCGCCUCACCAGCAACAGCUGGGCAGGCAGCCCCGCAGCUUCACUGCAUCUCCUCCAGAUGGUGCUGUCCCUGUUUGCAGCCUUCUUCUUCUCCUGCUCCUCACCUGAGUGUUUCUCCCCGGGCAGCUUUGAUCUCCUCGGUCACAGCCAACAGCUCUUUCAUGUCCUGCUGUCACUCUGCGUCAUGGUCCAGCAGGAGGCGCUGUUCUGCGACUUCCUGUGGAGACGCCCUGCACUGUCCCGGCUCUUUGGGGAGGAGCACCUCCUGCUGGUCUGCAACUCCUUCUGCUGGUUGACCUUCUGCUGCGGCGUAACGGCGCUCGUCCUGAGCAGCAGAGUUUGGACUCGGCUCACCACAGAAGAAGAAGGGUGACGUCGUAUUUUAGGUAGUCUCCCAAUAAUCAUACUUCCACCCUUACAUGUAAGGGUUUGGUUCUAACUGAACUGUACGUAGGAUUAAAAAACUGUUGCUUGUUACAGUUUUAAAGUAUUUUUUGCAGUAAGAUCACAGUGACGGCUCCCGCCAUUUUGGAUGUCCCAGACGCCAUGAUGUAACCUUCACUCUCCCAACUCUGGACUCUGUCCUUUAACGAGGACAUUCACUUCAUUAAGGGACAGAGUGUGUAGUGCGGGCACUGGGACAAGUCACUGCUUUCCCAUCACAGAUCAAUAAACCAGUGAGAUGUAACUGGUUCUGAUGCUUUAACUGCAUACUUUCCCACAGUCCACACAUGUCGGCCAUCUUGGAUUCUGCUGUUGUGGUUG